GUUAGCGAAACUCAUCUCACCACCCAUGGACUGGAGGGCCGUACUGGGAGGGGAGGGGUGCGGUCGUAAUGAUUAUACGGUGCGUGGUGAUUCUAGUGACGGUCCCUAAGACUCUGUUAUCACCCGCCACUGCUCGCGACUUGUAAUAAAUGUGCUUCAUUAUUUCGGUUACGUUUUUAUGGCCGCGAAAACGAGCCAACAAAAUCUUUCUACACGCGCACGCAGAUAGAACACAGAACACCACACAACCAAAACGGCGCAUCAACGCAAAGUGUCGAGUUGUUAGUUUUAUUUUUACGACAUCUCAACCCCGAAAUAGGCGCGCGUCAUCUGCCUCCGCCGUGAACGAACAGAACCUCCACCGAAAAAAGUGCUCAAAAAUCGUCCUGCGCGUGUGUUUGUGUGUCUCUCUAAUCAUCUCGGGUUUGUUUUCUUCUAUCUACCUUGUCACGGCUUGACAGUUGUCUCAUUUGUCAGUGUUUGAGUAGGCUUUGUCAGUCGAAUAGUGCGUGCGUCUGGAAAGUAGGAAAAAUCGCUGUCCUGAAAAGGAGCUUCCCGGUGUUUGUGGGUCAACAACCCGUACUUUUGGGCAGAUGAUUCCGGCUUACUAAAAAUUGCACCCAGCACUGUUCUGUUUUGGAGAGACGCAAAAAAGCGACGUGAGUUGGAAAAGAAAUUUCGAGUCCUUGUUGACGGAUGUGCGCGCAAUCAAAACAAACCCAACUCGGUCGGUCGGCCGGCAGCCCAAAACCUGUCACCAACAGUGAGAUCCCGGACGGAAGGACUCGCCGUACUGCAAGCAUCACAAUAAUACAUCGGUCCGCUCGGCUCUCUACAGCCCAAUCACAACCACUUCCAGGACAAACGCCCAACGCAGGCAUAAUGAACCCGAACUAUGUGAAAAAGUGUGCCGACUUUUUGCAAAACAUACCGGCCCACAAGCUGGCCGCAACCAAUAUUGCUGCUACCGGUGUUGCUGCGGUUGCCUCAACCGAUCCUUCCUGUCCCGCCGCCGGUGCCCCGCAGCAACCGCAAUCGAAGCCCGAAUCGAUCGGCAACAGAGCUUUUGGGGCUAAAAAAACGCCCCAAAGACCGGGUGGUGGUGGUGUCGUGGGGAUGACGAAGCGUCCCGUUUGGCGUCACCCAGCAGCCGGUCCAGUGGCUCCCUUUCCCCGCCCCCAGCAGCCAGCGCACGCAAGCGAGCAGCAAAAGUUCGUGCGGAGCUGCUGUCCGUCACGCCGGCCCGAUACGUCGGCCCGCCCCGGACGGGCACGGGUGGAUUGUCGGUGGGACGCGCAGGGUGGGAAACAUACUCCAACCCCGCAGCCCACUUUACCGCCCACCGGUGAGAUGAGUGCCGGCCCGAUACGGGAAGGUCGAGGCGACGCAGAUAACGUCAAUCACCGGGACGGCAUUGGACAGACGAGCGUGGAAUGCCAGGACCGUCAACCGCCGUCCUGGGCCGGAAUGCUGUCCGAGGCUCAUCCUCUCCCGGCUGUCAGCGGACAGCGGAAGGAUGGACAACCAGCUGGAGAGUGGGACGAGUUUACCGAUUGCUCUUCCGUCGAUAACAACAACGCGCUACAUGCAGAGGAUGAAGCUUCGAACCGAAAGGCAGACAGCAAACUGUUUCAAUUCCAGCCACUAAGAACGGUGCAAUUUCUCUGUCUGGAGUUGAGGAACAAACUUCGAGCGCUGGGACCAGAGCAUCGCUCGCUGUACAAAAUAGGCAAGGAGCUGUCGAUUGUGGUUCGGUUCUUAUCGCACCAGCAGCAAACGGAUCCACCGGAAGCGACUGUUAAGGAUGGCACGGACCGGACGCAAGACAAACCCGAAUGCCCGAACUGUCAGCUGCUGCAGCGAAACUGGCAGGACGAUCGGGACCGGCACGCCCAGGAAAGCGCCCAGUUAACGGAGCAGAUUAAUUAUCUGCAGACACAGCUACGCACGGUCCCGCGGCCGCAGGACGUGGGCGAGCUGGUGCGCGAGCAGUACCGCCGCAUGGAGAGCGAUAUUACGAAAUUAAAGCUCGCGGUCGACGAGAAAAACGUCGAGCUGGUGUUGAUUAACGAUCUGAAACGGAACCUCAAGGAGGCGCUUGCGAGGGCGAAGCGGACCGAGCAGGAGCGGGCGGAGCUGGAAAAGCGCUUGCUGGAAGCGCAGAUGGAAAACAAGCGGCUGGAGCUCUUCCUGGACACGCAGGCCAUUAACUUUCGCAAGGUGAAAAGUGAGCUCAGCCACAUCCACCAGCUCUCCAGCCGGCAGAUCCAGUAUCUGGACGAGCCGAUCGAUUCGCUGGUGCAGCUGGCGGUCAGUCCACGUCGGCACCAUCGCGACCGUCAGCCAUCAACGUUGCGUAAUUAUGCAUCGACACAGUCGUCGGAGUGUGAUACGACUUCCUCCCGUGCGCUUCAAUCACCUCGCCCGGAGGAGGAGAAGGAGGAGAAGGAGCACAAUCAGGCAGCGAAAUCUUCACCAAACCGACCCGAGAUGGACGUGGCACAGCGAAAAGCUCAUUCCAAUUGCCGGACCGCCACCACCAGCACGUCGGGCCUCACGCCCGGCGAAUCAAUGCCUUCGUUAGCGGCGUCGCAAUCGGAUCGGGAUAAUGCGACCGGGAGUACGCAGUCGUCUACGCCGAGCUGGAUUGACCGACCGCGACGACCGGGCGAUGACAAUGGCAAAGAUAACGAACGCCACCGCCAAGUACCGGGCAUCAAUCGUGGUGCCGAUCACGAUGACAACCGCAUCCGUCACCGGGCGAGCGAUUCGGAUUACAGCGCCGGGAAGCUGACCGGACGCCCUCGACCGGACGAUGGUGACGCCCAAUGGCAGCAAUUCGUCGUCGAGCUGGCCGAAAACAUCACGCUCCCGUCGUCACCGCGCCCGUUCCGGCACAACCUCUCCAUUGCGCAGCUAUCCGAUCUGGACGACUCGUUGCUGUCGGAUGCAGCAGCAGCCCUAUCGAAAUGCCGUGCCGGUGAUGCUACACCAUCCUCCCAGGGCAGCAACCUCAGCAACAGCAGCAGCAGCAGCAGCAGCAAAUUUACCAAGCAAUUACAAACCAAAUAACGGAGUGUGCAGUGUGGAAGCGUUCCAGUGGAGCAGAGCAGCAGUUGCUUUGAUGUUUGCUGCCCUCGGUCCCUGAGGGGGAGGGGGGUGUUGGGAGGGGGGACGAGCUCUCACGAGGGCAUCGAAUCGUGCGCUGAUGCUAAUUAAUUUCACAUUUCUAACCAGGAGCGACGAGCGGAGAAGGGUGGCGAAAGUGCAGGGAAGGACAAAUGUGCCAGUGUGACUUUCAAUGCUUAAAGCUGAAAUAGUUUUGCUAAUUGAUAAACGAUCCAACGAACUUGUACGGUUGGCGUGUUAUGUACGAGUUUAGCACAGGGCAGGAUGGACUGAUUCACAGUGGUGUGGCAUGAGUGCUAGACUCUCACACGGGAGACGUGAGUUUGAAUCUCUCAAAAUGGGAACGAGUCAAAAUGUUACGACGAGUGUGUUUAUUUGUGUAUCUUUGUUAAAAUAUUAAUUGACUUUACAAAACUUUGUAACGAAGACAUAUUAUUACACCAUUUAUUUGCACUUUAACGACACCCAAAAUCAAUCCAUUUUAACCUCAAACAAGCAAUCAAUGCAGCAUGAAAAUCCCAUUUGUUCUGACCACAACUUUCGGAAACCUAUUGGAACCCUCUAUUCGUACAAUAAAACGAUCAAAAAAUCUCUUUUCCUCCAUUACAAAACGAAAGCCAAUCACGAAUGGUUUAAUCUUG